UUUUUAGUUCUUACUACUGCGACUUAUUUUACCGUUUUUCAAAUUUUCACCGGGAGGGAAGUUAUUCGCGCAUCGUGAAGAAAUAAAGCAAUUCAGAGCUUUCGCAGUAUAAUAAACUAACGUCAUAUCAUCUCUACGAGAUACCGCUACUUGUUACCGAUCCGGAAAGCUGCUACGAUACGUGCAAACUGCGUUUCGAUCGUCGCGUAUUUGUAAAUAUGAGGUUAUGCUUCCUCAUUGACAUUUUGGGAGUGCCCAAGCUGUUGCUAAUAGGUCAGAUGACAUAAAAUACAAUUGAAGAAAAAGCAUCCCGUCAUUUGACAGCUCGUAGCUUGUCCAGUAUUCAACCGAUUAUAUAAUCUCACAUGCUCAAGAUACCAUUGCAAUGAAAGUCAAGUUCGCUGAGAUAAUAAGCUGCAGCUCACAACACCACAAUUAUCCAGCAACGAAUCUACUCAAGUCUGGCUCAAGUAUUGGGGGUGCUUCGAUAUGGCAAUGUGCUAAGCCUGGGAUACAGAAAUGUGAGGUAAUACUCAAACUCGCCGAACCUAUACCAAUAACAGGCAUAGAAAUUGGCAAUAACCGAUGCUGCACAGUCUUGAUCGAAGGUGCAACCUCAGAAAGUCCAGAGAAAUGGACACUCGUUAUUCGACAUGAAUUCAUUAAGCCAAACGAUGCAGAAGAUGGAAAAUUCAGGGAUCAGGUCCAAAUAUUUACAAAGAAAGAACUUAGUCAGGAAAUUAUGAAAAUCAGUUUUGACAGGGUAAAAGUAACUUGUGAACAGCCCGCAAAUUUCAAGGUGCUGUUUGGGCUGUCGUUCCUCAUUCUGACAACCAAUGACAAAGUUGACGAAGAAAAUUUGGAUAUCUUUGGCAAAUUUAAAGUUAAAAGUUCCAAAGACAUUAGUAUAGAUAGUUUUAAGGAAAAAUAUCUGCAACAGCUCAGAGUCAAGCCCAGUAACUUCAGAGCAGACCUAGCGCAACAAAUUUCAAAUAAUAGAGCUGCAUCGAUGAGCAACAAAUCAGAGGUAGCACCUAGAAAAAGACCACUGUUCACUCCGACUAAACCCCAGGAAAGCCCACAAUCAAAUAAUUUGGCCACAGUUGAAGAGAGUAAGAAUACUACGAUAAAGAAUGAUGAGCAACCAACUAAAUGCAUGAAAUUCUCUGGGACAAAUUCUAAAAAAGAUGAAGUAAAAGUUGGAGGGACUGGGGACAGAUCAAAGUGUUGCUUGUGCCUUGGAAACGAAGAGAAUGUUUUGUGUAAGACUUGCAACUUGUUACUACCAGAGAAGGAAGUGGUGGACACAAGCACACAGAAACUAGCUACAAAAAAGCCUGUAAAACUCAAAAGGGCACCCACAGCCAUUUUUGAAGGUGUGGUUUUUUCACUCAGUGGAUACAAGAAUCCGGAGCGAGAUAAUAUCAGAAGAAAAGCUAUCCAAAUGGGGGCUAGGUAUGUAGCUGAUACAGAUCGGAGAGAUCAUGGAUGUACACAUCUGGUUUGUGCUUUCAAAAACACCCCAAAAUACAAUCAGAUGAAAGGAAAGGCUAAAAUUGUCUCUCACCGAUGGGUCGAAGAGUGUUUUGAUAAAAAAGUCAGAAUUCCAUGGAGGCAAUAUGCAUUAGACAGCAAUAACAAAGAAGAGUCAGACAGUGAAGAUGAGAUACCAGCCAAAACAUUUUGUAUAUACGAUCAGGAUACAGAUCCAGACACAGAUUGCCCAUAAAAAAAUUUCGAAUAUAUUUAUUUUUGUAACUCUUUCAAUACCUCCGAUACUGCACAUUCGAAUUGUACAAACUUUCUUCAAUUAAAAAACAAGUAAAUUUA